AUGUCUUCCGAUGCUCAAGUCGACUAUCGUCUGCCGACGGACGUCAAGCCCACCCACUAUGACCUCGUCGUCCGUACAGACCUAAAACAAUCCAAGUUUGACGGUGUCGUCAAAAUCCAUCUGGAUGUCCUCAAGAAGACUUCGAGGAUCGUUUUCAAUGUCAAUGAGCUCAAGCUGGACAAAGUUCACCUUUAUUCGGAUGCAUUUCUAUCGUCACCACUCACACCGUCGUCGACCGAGUUCGACAAGACCAUGGAGCGUUCCACCCUACACUUCGACGUACCCCUCGUCGCGGGGUCGAAGGCGCAGCUGCAGAUCGCCUUCGAGGGCGAACUGACUGACGCCAUGAUGGCAUACUACAAGUCUGCUGGCGGGGAGGACAAGUCAGAUGCAUACGCUCUAACUCAGUUCGAGCCCACCGCCGCAAGGCGUGCGUUCCCGUGCUGGGACGAGCCCCUACUCAAGGCAACCUUCGCGAUCACGCUCAUCUCGCGUGCCGACACCGUCAACCUGAGCAACAUGUCCGUUGCCUCCGAGUCUGCGUAUGAGCCCGGGUCUACGGACAAGACGGAUGGCGUGGUCUCCUGGCUGGCCGAGAGGCUGUCGAAAUUGGCUGUCGACGGGACCUCUGGCUCCGACAAGUGGAAGACCACUCGCUUCGAGACGAGUCCUCCUAUGUCGACGUACCUGGUCGCCUGGGCGAACGGGAAAUUCGCACAUCUAGAGAGCUCGUAUGUGAGCCCUCUGAGCGGCAAGACGCGUCCACUGCGUAUCUACGCGACGCACGAUAUCAUCCACCAGGCGCAAUUUGCGCUGGACAUCAAGCGCAAGGUGCUGCCGCUAUAUGAGAAGGUCUUCGACAUCGAGUACCCACUCCCCAAGCUCGACACCCUGGUCGCACACGAUUAUGACGCCGGCGCAAUGGAGAACUGGGGUCUGAUCACCGGACGCACGGCUGCCUUCCUGCUCGAUCCGAAAUCAACCAACCUAGCAGCGAAAAAAACCGUCGCGAGCUCGCAAUCUCACGAAGUUGCACACAUGUGGUUCGGCGACAUCACAACCAUGGCUUGGUGGGAUAACCUGUAUCUCAACGAAGGCGAGAUUUUCCCCGAGUGGAAGCUUGAUUCGGCGUUCAUCUCCGGAUUCUUGUCGUACGCUAUGGAUCUGGACGCCAAGCUCUCCUCGCACCCGAUCGAGGUCGAGUGCCCGGACGCGGAGAUGGUUAAUCAGAUCUUCGAUGCUCUAUCGUACAAUAAAGCGGCAUCGGUCCUCCGCAUGUUGUCGAACUAUGUCGGCGAGGAGCGCUUCCUGAAGGGAGUCUCGACCUAUCUCAAGAAGCACCUGUUUGCCAACAGUGUGACGAAGGACCUCUGGGAGGGUAUCGGGGCCGCUACCGGCAUCAACAUCCCCAAGAUGAUGGAUAAUUGGGUCAAGGCGGUGGGCUAUCCCGUGGUCAAAGUUACGGAGACGAAAGACGGGAUCCAUAUCCGUCAGGACCGCUUCCUGGAGACGGGACCGGCCAAGCCUGAAGACAACGAGACGCUAUGGACAAUUCCCCUCGCCUUGCUCACGACCAAGGCAAACGGCGAGACCGUGCUGCAAUCGGAGAUUGUGCUCGACGAGCGCGAGAAGACGAUUCCCCUCGAUGUCACGAGGCCAUUCAAACUCAAUGCUGGCACCGUCAGCUUCUAUCGUGUGCUGUAUACUCCGGAGCGCCUGCUGAAGAUCGCGAAGGAGGCUGCAAAGACACCGUCUCCGUUUUCAGUCGAGGAUCGCAUGGGCCUGGUGUACGACGCAAUGGCGCUUUCGAAAGCGGGGUACUCGGAGGUCAGCAGCGCGCUAGCGUUGGUGGACAUCCUGCGUGACGAGCAAGAACACCUCGUGUGGAACAGCAUCCGGAGUAACCUUGGGCUCCUGCGCUCUGUUUGGUACGAAUACCCAGACAUCACCGCCUCGCUGUCGCAGUUCAUUCGGGAGCUGUUCGGCCCCAUCGUGAGGCGGUUGGGAUACGAGUACACCGACGACGAGCCCUCGGCCACUCGCGAAUUGCGCACGCUAGCUAUCAGCGCCGCUGCGACUGCGGGGGAGCCGAGCGUUGUCAAGGAGCUCACUGGGCGCUUCGCGCAUUACAUGAAGACUGGUGAUGACUCGAAGAUCCCGGCGGAUUUGCAGAGCGCUAUCUACAUCACCUCAGUUCGCGAAGGCGGACGGGCUGAGUGGGAGGCGGUGAAAGAGAUUGCGAAGAAGCCGAAAAACCCGUCGGCGGGCACAGAUGCGAUAAUCGGACUAGGCUUUUCGCUGGAUCUGGCGCAGGAGACGUUCGACUUCAUGCUGACCGAGGCGCGGGCGCAGAACAUGUUUUACUUCUUUAUCGGACUGUCGCAGAAUUCCAAGACGAGGCGGUUCUUGGUGAAGGCGUUCAAGGAUAAUUUUGCUGCGCUGGAGAAACGGUUGGAGGGGAACUUCAGCAUGCAAAUUCUGGUUAAGUACACGUUCGAGGUGCUCACGACAGACAAGGACUACGACGAUGUUGUGGCAUUCUUCAAGGAGAAGGACACGUCGAGGUACGACAUGGCACUCAAACAGAGCUUGGACAGCAUCGCGUCGAGGUCUGCGUGGAUAAAGCGGUCGACGACGGACGUCCAGCAGUGGUUUGAGACGCGGAAAGGCAGCGGGAAAAUAUGA